AUGCAAGUCAAGUACAAGAAUGCAAGACUCAGUAAGAGUAAAGUCACUGCAACCCAAGAUGAGGAGAAGCUGUUAUCGAUAAGCCGGAGUGCGCAAUGUGGCCGCUUGGGCCACCCUAGCAUACAAUGGGGACCACGUAUCAUCAGCUACGCAAGCUUCCCAAAGCUCGACCUGACACUUCCACAUCUCGAAUUCCUGAGCAUUUUGAACCUAGGAGAAAUUGUGUCCUCCAGCCUGUGCGCCGCAACCAACCUUACCACCCCCAGUCGAUUGGAUCUCCCAUCUGGUUUCAAGCCCCCGCAGGUCUUCAAAAACACGAAUCUUGUCCGGAAUACAAAUUUGGAGAAGAGCUAUGUGCGGGAAACUAUCAAUGUUGUGGUGGAGAAUGUCGACAAUCAGCCUCAGAACGAAUACUACGUCCCCUUCCCGGCGGAGGUAUUUGACCGUAUUGCAGGCUUCGAAGUGAGAGAUAAGAAGGCCCCUAAUAAGGGACGCUUCCAUGUGGAUGCCACUGAAGCUGUGCCAACCAGUGGCAACCAAUACUUUGUUAUUCACCUUCCCGAGCCCCUCGAGCCGAAGUCGCAGAUUACACUUAGAAUCUCCUACCAAGUGCUAUCCGCUCUCAGCCCGCUACCUGCGACCAUCACGCAGGAUGACAAGCAAUACCUCACCUACUCCUUCUCCGCUUUCAUGCCAUCUGCCUACGUGACGGAUACGCAAAAGACCAAGUUGAAGUUCCCCAGCGCCAUUGUGUCGGAUUACACGACCACCGACGGUCUUAAGUCCGGCUCCGAUCCCGAGCGGAUGGGCGCCACAUACACCUACGGCCCGUACGACACGGCCAAGGUGGCCCCGGGUACUGAGCACCCGAUAACCGUUCGUUACGAGUUCACCAAGCCCGUGAUCACAGUCAACCUUUUAGAGCGUGACUUGGAAGUAUCACACUGGGGCGGCAACCUUGCUACCGAGGAGCGAUACUGGCUGCGCAACAAUGCUUCGCAGCUGGCCAACCAUUUCUCUCGUGUUAAGUGGACCUACACCAACUUCCAGAAGGCUCCCACUUCAGCGGUCCGCGAGCUUACAUAUCCGCUUGUGCCUGGGUCUGUCGACCCCUACUUUAUCGACGAUAUCGGCAAUGUCUCCACCAGCCGCUACCGUCCCAGCGUGGGUAAGAAAGCUGGACACCUGGAGUUGAAACCCCGCUACCCGGUCUUCGGAGGUUGGAACUACAGCUUCCGUAUUGGAUGGAACAAUGAGCUUUCCUCGUUCCUGCGACGUGCUGCAGGUGUCAACUCCGACUCUCACAUCCUCAAGGUCCCGUUCCUCGAGGGCCCCAAGAUGGCUGAGGGAGUGCAGUAUGAGCGUGUGGUUGUGCGCGUUAUUCUUCCCGAAGGUGCUCACAAUGUCCGCUUCGAGACAGUUGAGGGUAUCAACAGCAAUGGACUUCCUGGCGCGAACAGCAUCUACGCUCGCUUGAACUCGAUGAAGACUUACAUGGAUACCCUCGGCCGGACUACGUUGACCCUGGAGGUCGACAGUCUGACUGACGAGGCUCGCGAUGCCAUGAUGGUGGUUACCUACGACCACAGCAUGAUGGAUGCUUUGCGCAAGCCUUUUACCAUCUUCGCUGGUCUACUCACACUCUUCAUCGCUGCUUGGGGCAUUGGAAAGAUCGAUGUCAGCAUCAAGAAGAGGUGA